AUGGACAAGAGUUGGAUGAUGAUAACGGAUAGGCUAAAAAGUAAAGAGUAUGUACAAGGUGUUCAGUCAUUUAUUGAGUUCGCUACGAAGAAUUUAGGGCCACAGGAGGAAAUCCGUUGUCCUUGUGUUGAUUGCUUGAACGGCACGAACUUACCUCGACAUGUUGUACGGUUGCACUUGAUUCGAAGAGGAAUCGCAUGUUCUUAUCGAACUUGGGUCCACCACGGGGAACGUGUUCCCAUGUUUCGUGCUCAUCCUACUAUGCGAAACGAUGAUACUCAAACCGAUCGAGCUAGAAUGACAAAGGUUCACGAAAAUGUGGAUGAACUUCCAACCAUGUUACAAGAGAUUUACAUGAGUGGUCUCAUGGAUGAUCAUAUCGACGAAGAACGUACUUGUUCGGAGAGGCACAAUUUGUUAAAAUUCAUGAAGUUGUUCGAUGAUGCUCAACGUCAAGUAUAUCCACAGUGUGAAAAGUUCUCCAUCUUGUCCUUCGUAAUUAAGAUGCUUCAGUUGAAGGAUAACGCCGCAUUGGAGAAUUGCCCUACAUGUACCGAGUCUAGAUACAAGUUGAACAACAAGACGGGUAAAAAAAUUCCACACAAAAUCUUGAGGUACUUUCCUUUGACACCGAGGUUGAAGAGAUUGUACAUGUCGAAAAAAACAGCUGCAUAUAUGAGAUGGCACAAAGAUAAGCGUAUGGACGAUGGAGUAUUGCGACAUCCAGCUGAUAGUGAGGCAUGGAAGGACUUUGAUAGGCUGCAUCCUACGUUCUCUGCGGAUCCUCGGAAUUGUAUGAAAGAUCCAUUUGUCAUGAUGUCAUUGCUCAUUCCCGGACGAUCCGCAUCUAGAAGGGACAUCGAUGUUUACUUGCAACCAUUAGUAGAAGAGUUAACUAAUCUGUGGGAGCAUGGUGUGCAAACAUAUGAUGCCUCAAACGGCCAAAUAUUUACAAUGCAUGCAGCAGUCAUGUGGACCAUCAACGAUUUCCCUGCAUAUGGUUCCUUGUCUGGUUGGAGUACAAAAUGUUACCUGGCCUGCCCUUAUUGUAACAUCGAUGCAUCAUCUCAGAGUUUGCGAAGUAAGAUUGGGUAUAUAAGUGCUCGGCGGUACUUACCUGAGAACCAUAUUUGGCGUAGAAGUAAGCUAUUCAAUGGGGAAAUUGAGAAUCGGUCCAAACCUGUGGAGUUAUCGGGAGAACAAAUAUUGCAGCAAAUUAAUUUGGGGACGUACAAGCCCAUUGAUGGCAAGAACAAGGACACUGACAAAGCACGUUUGGAUCUAGAGGACAUGCGAAUACGAAAGGAGUUACACUUGAUAAGGCAUGCGAAUGGCUCUUUCCAAAAGCCUUCGGCAUUGUACACAUUGUCCCCGGCAGUUGAUAAAGUUCUACAGCUACCUUUGUAA